AUGGUGACUGCGAUAUCCACAACGAAAGUUACGAAGAGAGCACCAACGCCGAAGAGGCCACCGUUGUUACCUUCUGAAUCGGACAAUGCAAUCGCUCCGCCGAGAAGGCCGAAAGUACGAGAAGUUACUUCUCGUUAUAUGUCUUCGUCUUCUUCUUCUUCGUCGUCUUUUUCGUCGCCUCCUAAAAGAAGUAACUCGCCGUUGGUGACUAGAGCGGUGAAUUCGAAUUUGAUGAGACAGAAACUGACGCCGGCGGUGAUGCAGCGGUCUCAGUCGACGGAAAGGAGAAGGCUUGGAACUCCUCGACCUAGCGGUGAGACUCCGGUUGCUCAGAGAAUGCUGCUUACUUCGACUAGGAGUUUGUCUGUUUCGUUCCAGGGAGAGUCGUUUUCGUUUCAGGUCAGUAAAGCGAAACCGCCGCCGGCGAGUCAGAGUGUGAGGAAAAGUACGCCGGAGAGGAGGAAAGUUACGGCGAAUACACCGACAGCUACGAGAGGAAGAGUUAACGGAAAUUCCGAGCAGAUGGAGAAUUCGGUUUCGAGAUCAUUGGAUCAGCACCGGUGGCCGGGGAAAUCACAACAGCAACAAGCGAAUUUCAUGAACAGAAGCUUGGAUUGUGGUAUUUUCUUGAGGAAUUCGAAUAGACCUGGAAACAACGUGGUUAGGUCAUUGCGUGAUUCGUUGUUGGAUCCUCGAGUGUCUCAGGAGGCUACGUUGAGAUUGGAAAGCAACAAAAAUGGCGGAUCUGAACUUGAAAUUGAACCAGAAGAACUUGUACCUUCUGAUAACGAAAGCGUAACAUCUAGUAGUUCCUCAGGAGCACGGGAUAAUGGAGGAAAACAAAUGCACGGAGGUUCUCGUGUUGUGCCGGCGAGGUUCUUGCAGGAGGCUAAUAAUCCGUUACGGCGCCAAACAGAUCUUCCGGCUCCAAGGAAUGGUGGAAUUGGAAAUAGAGCUAUGGAUCCUCCUAAGCUUUUGGUGCCGAAGAAAUCACUGUUGGCUAGUCCUGCAUCGUCUCCACGAGGAAUUGUGAAUAGCCGGUUACAAGGUUCUCCUAUUCGUUCUGCUAUUCGUCCUGCUUCUCCGAGUACGCUAGCCUCACCAUCACCAUGGUCUCCUUCCCGUGGCGUGAGUCCUUCUCGAGGAAGAAAUGGAAUCGCUAGUAGUCUGACUAGUAGGUUUGUUAAUGAGCCUUCUGUUUUGAGUUUUGCUGUUGAUGUUCCGAGGGGGAAGACGGGGGAGAACAGGGUAGCUGAUGCACAUUCAUUGAGACUCAUGCAUAACAGGCUCAUGCAAUGGCGGUUUGUGAAUGCUAGGGCAGAUGCUUCCCUCUCUGUACAAACAUUGAAUUCUGAGAAAAGCCUCUAUGGUGCUUGGGAAGCUACAUCAAGCCUUCGUGAAUCUGUUAUAGCCAAAAGAGUAGAGUUACAGCUGUUGAAGCUACAUUUCAAGCUAAUAUCCAUCUUCAAGGAGCAAAUGAUCUAUUUGGAAGACUGGGCUAAACUGGAUCCGGUGUACUCUGGUUCUCUCUCCGGAGCAACUGAAGCGCUAAAGGCCAGCACCUUACGCCUUCCUGUUUUUGGUGGGGCCAAGAUAGAUUUACUAAAUUUGAAGGACGCCAUCUGUUCAGCAAUGGAUGUGAUGCAGGCCAUGGCAUCCUCCAUACGCCUCCUGUUACCAAAGGUUGUAAAUGUAAAGUCACUGGUAGUUGAACUUGACAACUUAAGUGCGAAGGAGCGUUGUUUGCUUGAAGAGUGCCAAGAUCUUUUAUCAACAAUUAGAACUAUUCAGGUCAGAGAGAGUAGCCUGAUAUCACAUACUAUACAAAUGAAAAGCUUAACCAGAAAUCAGCAAUGA